CAUAGAGAUUGUAGUGUCAGUCCAAAAAUAAUCAUAUUGCUUUGUUUAUCCCAGCCUCUAUAAGAACCUGAAUCAACCGCUUCUCUCAACCCUUCUGUCUUUAGUUUUAAUCAUAUCGGCCAUGGCUGCUUAUUCUAGCUAGCUUCAGCUUCUAAUCUUCUUCUCCUUCCUUUCUUUUCUGACUUGCUUGGACUUUGCAAAACCCAAUGCUUGUUUUAUAAUUCCCAUAUAUAAGAAAUCUUGAAACUGCUGUGUGGGGUAAAAAAUGGCAUUACAAACUGUAAUCUACCCUCAAGAUACUUUAAUUUAUGGCUGUAACAGAGAGUUUUACCGAGGCUGCUAUGGUUUUACCUCACAUCAAGAAGAAGAAGUUGACACCGCCUUUCUCGGGAUGCUUGUAGAAGCUGAUAAUAUUCAUCUUACUAUUUCUACUAGUAAUAUGGACACCCAAAGUGAUGGGCGGCGGCAAGACGGGAAUUGGGAACAAAACUCUUCACCGGAGGCGGUGACUAAACAGCCGCCGCCGUUCCCCACCGCCUCCUGCGGCAGGCGGAAGCGCCGCCGGACUCGGUCGUGCAAGAACAAAGAAGAAUUGGAGACUCAGAGAAUGACUCACAUUGCGGUGGAGCGCAACCGCCGCAAGCAGAUGAAUGAGUACCUCUCUGUAAUUCGAUCCAUCAUGCCACCUUCCUACGUCCAAAGGGGUGAUCAAGCUUCAAUUAUUGGAGGCGCCAUAAAUUAUGUGAAGGAGCUGGAGCACCAUCUUCAAACCCUAGAGGCACGAAACCGACCCAACAGGGAAGGGGGGACUCCACUGUUCGCGGAUUUCUUCAGUUUCCCGCAGUAUUCCAACAGCCACGGAAGGAAGGGAGGGUCGGCGGCGGGCGAAGUGGAGCCGGCGGAGAACCGGUCGGCGUUGGCGGACAUCGAGGUGACGAUGGUUGAGAGCCACGCGAGCGUGAAGAUACUUUCGAGGAAUAGAUCCAAACAGCUCCUUAAGCUUGUCGCCCGUCUGCAGUGUAUACGGCUCUCUGUUCUUCACCUCAAUGUCACCACUGUUGACCAAACGGUCCUCUACUCCCUCAGUCUUAAGCUUGAGGAUGGUUGCCAGCUAACGACGGUAGACGAGAUAGCUGACGCUGUUCACGAACUGCUUGCCAGAAUCCAAGAGGAAGCUGCAGCUUAAUUAGCUUAAUUGCACUAGCCACCAGCAUAUAAGGCGGCCAAGUUAACUAAGAUUUUAGUAAUUAGUUAAUUUUCGUUUUACCCAUAAUCUUAAUUAACUUAGCCCCCCACCCCACCCCACCCCACCCCCCAUGUAUCAUCUCCCUAGCUACUAUGUCAGCAGGCCAGGCCAUCUCGAUCGCUGUAAUUUUUUUUUUUUUUUUUUACCUCUCAUUAGGUUAUCGAUGAUGGACAUGUAACAUUCCACUAGCUUUUAAAAAUUGACCUGAUGACGAAUCCUUGUGAUCUGUGCCUUGCUGACACUCAUUAACUCUCAAGAUUCUUUUUAUUUUCCUGUUUUAAGCUCCAUCUUUCUGUAUAUCCCCCAUUCUGUUCAAUACUACGUAUUAAUUAC